AUGGGAGCGGGAAGAAAGACGAAGAUGAUUCCAAUACAAGAAAAAGCCGAGCGUGAACGUACAGUCAACUGCAGCGUGUCUGCGAAAAAUUUAAGGAACCGUGAACUAGGUUCAGUCAUAUUUGGCUGCACUGAUAAAACAAUCGACGAAUGUAAAGCCAACAAUUUAUUCGGAUUACCAUAUGGACAUUUUUCCUAUGUAAAGAAUGUAACUCCAGGCUUGGUCCUUUUCCUAUUCAACUAUGCUGUCAGACAGCUACAUGGAAUUUUUGAAGCUACAAGCCCCGGCCAACUGAAUAUCAAUCCAUAUGCCUGGACUGAGGGCAGAACUCAACUUACAAAAUUUCCAGCGCAGGUAAAAAAGACACAACAGUUAAAUUGUUCAUUAAUUCAUUUUUGUCUGUUCCUUUUUUCAUAUAAGGUGCAAGUCCGUGUACAACAUCGAUGUCGGCCAUUGUCUGAAAAAGAGUUUGCUCCAAUAAUUGCUGAGAACUAUUACAAAGGAAACCAUUUCUGGUUCGAGCUGGACCAAACCCAAACCCAAACCAGCAAGUUGAAAAACCUUUUCUUAUCUUCGUUGUCACCAAUUCCUCGCUUCUCUCAGCGCUCACAGAAUCCUUCUCCAGAAGGCAGCGGGUAUCAUCACAACGCCGUAACUAUCAUCCCUGACUCUAGGGAAAGUACUGAGCAUAGAGUACAAAGUUAUUUUUCCGAAAAUAAAGCUAACAUUCCGCAAGAGGUGGAUGAAGAAUGGGAAACUUGGGAGGAAGAAACUGUUGCAAACACUAAACCAGAAGGCGAAUGUUCUUACGCCUCGGCACUAGGAGGUACAACCAAUUCCGUCCCUCAAACGUCAUGGAGUUCGCUUUUUAAAGCUUCUUCGGCAUCUCAAAGCAUAACAAGAGAGGAAAUUGCGAGACCACAAAUGUCAAAAUUCUUACCUGUAUCAUCAUAUCCCUCCAAUGUGGGAGACAGAAACAGUGAUCCUCAGUCUGAGAUUUAUGAGCUAAGGCAAAAAGUUAAAGAGUAUGAGGCUGUGAUGAGUUCCCAGGACCAUGAGCUGGUUUGCGCGAGAAUGGAGAUUCAAAGAUUGAGAAAACAGCUUAAGAUGGUUACUGUUGGGCAACCUUCCUCUUCAAGUGGAGGUAUUUCGAGGAAGUAAUUUUUGUUGAUAUUGAACAGCUCGAUUGUGAAUUGAUGAUCGAUCUUUUCACUUCCCCUUUUUCUUUUUGUUUUUAUAUUAAGUUGGUCGGAUUUGUACUUAGAAGAGUUAUCGAGAUUGCGAGAUAGUAGUCCUUUUGGCAGACAUUUGAGAG